AUGGUUAGAAGGCUCAUUGCAGAAGAAGACGUGGCCGACGCGUACAAGACCGGCCCAAAGGAAAAGAACCUCUUGGGGCUGGUGAACUACGACGCUGCUCUGCUAACAGCUGCCGUGGUGAAACUGACCUUUCGGGUCAACAAUGAAAGUAGGCAGAACUUUAUCCGCAUGAGUGUGUCAGUUCUAACGUUACAAACAGGCGAGUCAAGUGGAAAUGGCUUUUUCGUGCACUUCCCUGGCUGCGAGGACGACAUCAUCCUCACCGCGGGCCACAACCUCAUCGACGGCAAAAAACGGCGCUACAAUGUCAUGACGGUCCACAUUACAGACCCGCACUCUGACCGGGUUGUGCAGCGAUCUGUGCCGCUGGACGCCAUCAAGAUCUGCGAGCAGUACGCGAACAACCCCAGCGAGGCGUCAGCGCAACACGACUACGGGGUCAUCCUCUUGGCCCGAGAACCAGGGAAGGCGCCGCACUAUGCGUUUGGCUUCAGUCUGCACCUGGGCCAUGAAGAGAGACUCGAUUGCGAUGUCGGGGUGACUGGCUUCCAGCAAGGGAAGAAUGGGCCGGCCGGGACCAGCACUGGAGCAUGCGUGAAUCCGAUCCUGAGUCAAAACCAGCUCGAGUACAUGGCGAAGACGGAGGCGGGCAUCAGCGGGGCGCCUGUUUGGGUUGGAUACAAAGGCACUCCGACCGCCAUUGCAGUCCACAACUAUGGCGCUUCACGACCGGGUAGUCCAAGCAAGGGUACACGGAUCAAUCUGAAGCUCGUCCGGGACGUCUUUGGUUGGGCGGGCAUUGGGGCGACAUCGAAGAUGCUGCGAACGAAAAGCCUGGACGCUCCUCCGGGACCUGCAUUGGGGCUGUUCUUCAGAUACUCAGAAGACGAGGAGCGGCUGAAAGUCAUCGUCCAAGGCCACGAAGACAAGACGUCGAUGCUCUUCGAUCUGCUGCCCGUGUUCGCCCCGGCACGAGCGCCGGCAACCAGAUUCUCCCCACACUACGCGCUUCACUUCAAAAAGCGCUGGAUAUCAUGGAACAAAGACAGUGCGACCGCCACAGCGGUGGAGACGUUGGGAUCUUCGUGUUGGAUCAGAAUCUUCGGCAAUGUCGAAAGCGGUGAUCCAUUCCGAAUUACUGUGAACCGAAACGGCGACUUGUUUGCUCUGACUGUCAAGACUGACAAGAUGAAGGAAUGGCAGCUCGAAGAACCUGGGGAAGAAUUCUGUGGAUUUGCUUUUGACGAGUUCUUUGACGGGGACCCAGGCACAGACGUGAGUGAAUUGAUGAUACCCAUUCGAGGUUCAGUCGAAUUGAGUGCUUGCUACAGGACACCUUCAACGAAUUCGGCCUUGAAUGACGGGCAGUCCUCCGCCAUGGCUACCACCCAUGGGGUGGACCCCCCAUUCGGCUUCAGCGACGAAGACUUUGUCAUCGAGAGUUACGACGAAUAUCCUUCGGGCUUUCGUGACCUGCAAAACGAGAAUCUUUUCCCAAAGUCGAAGUUUCCUAUGUUUCGUGGAAAGGAUACUUCUGCUGCCGCGCAGAAUGCCUAUGAGUCAAUCCAACCUGCGCUCCUCCUCUUGUCGCGAAUCAUCAUUCAAUGCUGGGAAUCUUUCACUGUCUUUGUUAGGCGUCAACGUCCAGGACUAUUUCCACCAGAUGAAUUUCUUGACGCGGAUACAGAGCUGGCUCUAUCCAAGGACGAGACUAUUGGAUACAUCAAAAACGUUAUCCCCGACAUCGAGUUCAACCCUGACAGACACUAUUAUUACUCGAAUUCCGCCGCUGUUUUUGCAGAGACGGUUCUGUGUCCCAAGGCCGCCUCAGAUCGAAUUUCUGUGAACUAUAAUAUCGUUCGACUCUUGCGAGAUCCGACUUGCAGCCACAGUCGGAAACUGGCAGGGCUGGUUUUCCUUGCAGUUUUACUGGGUCAUGGAUUGGCUCACGUGCUUGAGUUCCGCAGCAUUCGUGGCGGGCAACUAUUACGAUCUGAUGAUGAUGGCGAGCCGUUGAACACACCUGGUGUAACCUGUCGCGAGGCUGGUACCGCAUGGGAAACCCGUGCCUUCGGAGGUCGAAUAUACCCAAUCUGCGGCGUCGAGAAUUCCUUGGUAAACAUGCGAGGGUUGUGCAUCAGCAGCAACGCAUGGAAUUUCGACAUGAUGAAAGCCAACGAGAAGUGGAUACGCGAACUGUUCAGAGAGUCGCACUGGACUACAACUACAGCAGUGCACCCCUUGCGAGCACCAAUUGGCAAAUACGCGAGAUUCGCUUUGCUGGAGGACGAGCUGCUGAUUGAUUAUGAACGGCGUGCCUUACCAACAGAGGGCAAGGGCUGUGAACGGGACGUGCGGGUUGAAACCGGCAGUAUUAUUAGUCCUCGGAAGAAGCAUAGGCAAAUUAUACCCGUCAAUAUCUGCGGUGCCAAAAGAGUGCGCUGA